GAUUAAUUAACUUUAAUUUGGAUUUUUAUAUAUGGAGGAACCAAAUCCAAUUUCAAGUGCACAAGGAAGCACGUCACGAAAUUCAGACAAUGCAAGCAGUUCUAUUGGGCAAUAUGAAGCACUAUUGAGGGCAGUGCGUAAUGGAGACAUACAUAGUACUCGAAAAUUUCUAAAAGAUGAUCCGGAAGCAUUGAAUGCAAAGAUCACGCUCUAUGGCGAGAGAGCACUUCAUGUUGCAGCUAUGUUUGGGCAUCUGCACAUUGUGAAGUAUUUAAUGGAACUGAUUUCAGAAAAAAAUCUUGAUGAAUUGCUAAAUAAUUUUGGUCAUUCAGUAUUGCUAUACGCUACUUUCAGUUGGGAUGAAAGUAUCAACAUUAAGAUUGCAAAAUACAUGGUUGACAAGAACCAGCGGCUGCCUGCUAUCGCUGCUACCAGUGAUUAUUGGCUUCCGGUGACAUGGGCUCUUCAAUUGGGCCAAAUUCAAACGUGUCGGUACCUUUACUCAGUCACACCCUUUGAAGCAUUGCUGCCUGAAAACUGGAAUCAGGGUGCUAAUCUUCCGGCGUUGUGCUACUACUCCAAGAUGUUUGAUUUAACUCUGGACUUAGUGAGGCGUUGUCCAAGAUUAGUAACGAGGAGCGGGACAUUUGGGAAUAAUUUUUUGGUGAUAUUAGCAAAAACACCUUUCUCAUAUCCCCAACUACCAUUCUGGAAACGAUGGUUGUAUUCACGUAUCCAAGUGCACCUAGAACCUCCAUCUUCCCUCAAUCAAGUUGUCAUUCCCGUUUCAGAAACUAAUCAAACAAGACAACAUCAUAAUAAAGGCAGCCUUGCAUGUCCACCAGGAAUAAUGAAGGAAAUACAUGAAGCAAAAUUAAGUGAUGAACAAGCUCGUGUGUUGCUACGUGCUGCGUGCAAUGCAAUUUCUCUGGAAAAUGAAGAAGAAAUCUCAAAAAGUAGAAUGUCGGAGGCGAUACUUAUGGCAGCACAACGAGGGAAUGCCAUAUUUAUUGUUGAAGCAUUAAAGGCGCAAUUUAGCCUUUUGUGGACAUGGAACAAAGAUGAAAGACGCAUAUUUUCUAUUGCCGUUCAGUAUCGCCAAGCAAGUGUUUACAAUCUUCUUCAUGGUCUUACUCUCAAGCCUUCAUUUCCAAGCUCCUAUGACGCCUAUGGCAAUUAUAUGCUUCAUAUGGCAGGAAUGCUAGCUCCACCAGAACAGCUUAAUCCUAUUCCCGGGGCACUUUUACAAAUGCAACGAGAAUUUCAAUGGUUCAAGGUAUUUUCUGACUGAAAUUGAAGGUUCUGAGCAAAAAUCUGAUCCAGAGACUGAAAAGGACUGCAGAUGCUGUUGGAUUCUGACCUCCCUG